AAUGCUAUUCAACUGGAUGAAAAGAAACAAUUCUGUUAGAAUUGAAACUAUUGAUUUAUCUCAAUUUCAACAUAAUGUUAAAGAUGGACUAUUGAAAAGAUUUUGGAAAAAUACACUUAUGAAAUGUUGGGUAAAUUCAGAACAACAUACCAAGACAAAAAUUGGAUUUUUUGUAAUUUUUAAUCAAUUUCAAUCUCUGAAUAAAAAUUUUUUAAAACAAAUCAACCUUAGUGAUAGCAACUUGAAAGAUGAUCAGGUAAAAUGUUUGGGUACUAUGUUGAAAGAAUGCUCUUCACUAGAGAGUAUUGAUUUAUCAAUGAAUAGAAAAUUGGGCAGUGGAUUCAAAUUUAUUUUUGAUGGGCUUGGAUUUUUGGCUAAAUGUUUAAAAUGCAUCAAUGUUAGUGAUUGUAAUUUAACAGAAAAUGAAGGGAAAUAUUUGGGAAAGCUAUUGAAAAAGUGCAAGUAUAUAGAGGAUAUAGAUUUGUCAUACAAUUGGCAAAUGGGUUAUGGUUUUAGACUGAUUCUAAAUGGACUCUUGUUGUCUGCUAAUACUUUGAAACAAUUCAAAGUUAGUCAUUGUAAUUUGGAUAUGUUUCAAGGAAUAUACUUAGGAAGAACAUUAAGAGAAUUCUGUUCUGUUGUAAAUAUUGAUAUAUCUUCAAAUCACAAAAUGGAACUUGCAGUUGGAUUUAUUUGUGGAACGUGCAGAUCAUUUUCUAAAACUUUGCAACAAAUCAAUAUUUCUAGCUGUAAAUUAGCAAGUGAUGAUGCUAAAAUUCUGGGUAAUACACUACAACAGUGUCCUUCAAUAGUUAAACUUGAUUUGUCAAAUAAUUCAAGAAUAGGAAAAGAUGAAUUUCAAACAAUUUGUGAUGGACUUGAAUCUUCUGCUAAUACACUUAAAGAAAUUAAUUUCAGCCAUUGCGAUUUACACGAAGAACAAGCAAUUUCUUUAGGAGAUACAUUUCAGAAAUGUUCUUCAUUAGAAUAUAUCAAUUUAAAUGGAAAUACCAAUAUGGGAAAGGGAUUUCAAAUAAUUUGCCAAGGGCUCUUAUCUUCUGCUAAAACUUUACAACAAAUUAACAUUUACAAUUGUAAUUUAAUGGAUGAUGAUGGCAAGUAUUUGGGGAAUAUAUUUCAAAAUUCUUCUUUACUAAACAAACUUGAUAUGUCUAGUAAUCCAAAAAUAGAAAAAGAUGGAUUUCAAGCAAUUUUUCAAGGAUUGAAAUCUAAUGUUAAUAGUUUUAAAAUUAUUAAUAUUGAUAGUUGCAAUAUACAAAAAGAUCAGGCAAUUCAACUUGGAAAUUUACUACAAGAAUGCACUCUUUUGGAGAAUAUUGAUUUAACAAAUAAUCCACAAAUGGAAAGUUGUGGAUUUGAAGCAAUUUGCAAUGGUCUUAAACAGUCUGCCAGCACUCUACAAAUAUUUUCAAUUUCUGAAUGUUAUUUAAAAAAGGAUCAACUGAAACAUUUAGAAAAUGUCUUGCAACACUGUACUUCAUUAAUAAGUAUUGAUUUAUCAAGCAAUGUCUUCAAUAAAUAUGAUAUUGAAAUGAUUUGCGAUGCUCUUCAAUCUUCAAAUGGAACUUUGAAAAAAAUUUAUGUUAUGGAUUGUUUUCUACAAACACAAGGAAAACAAGAAGAGGCAAAAGAGGGAGAGGAGGAAGAAUUCAAUUUGAUUAGGAACAAGUUUCAAGAUUGCAAAGUUAUAUAUGAUAAAGAUUUUGAUAUUGAGUACUAUUGA